GAGGCGCGGCCCAACGACGCUCGGUCCCCACCGCCCUCAGCGCCCCGCGCUGCCAUUUUGGAGCUGCCGAAGCCCUCCCCGGCCGCCCCCCUCAUAGCCACCAGCCCUCAGCAGGCAGCCCCCUCCUAAGCACGGGCAACGCCCGCUGCCGGCACCCUCUUCCCGGCCUCUCCCCUCCCCCGGAACAGCGGGCGGGGAAUGGCGGCGGCGCUGCCCCCUCGCAAGGCGCCGCGGGAAGGGGGCCGCGGCAUGGGGCGGGACGGGGCCGCCCCUUAGGGCCGCCGCCACCGCCCCACUCGGCGCCCAGCAGCAGGCGGAGAAACUUUCCGCCGGCAGUCCCUGCUGCUGCCUUCCCCCCGCAGGGCUCGGGGGAGGACAGCCCGAGCUUCCCUGCCUUCGUCCCUCCCGCUCCCCGCAGGGUUUCUUGGCCUUCUGGGUGAACCCCGGCACCGAGGGAAACUUGGGGAGUCCUUUAUAGGACGGGGAGAGCACGGAGCGGCGUUUGAGAGGGGAGUGCUUUUGGUAGCUCGCUCAGCCCGAGCUAAAAUGAAUUCAGAUCCUGAUCCCCAGUCAAGUCCUCCUCAGCCACAGCAACAUCUUGGAAGGUCCCAGCUGAACGCUGCUGCAGUGGACCACAGCGAGAACAAUCGGAGGUCAGGACCACCCUCAGGAGAUGCUGCAACUUUUCCUUCGGGUUCUGACUAUUCCCAUAGCAGGGAGAAAGCUGAAAAAAAUGAGGCUAUGAAGGAAGAACCUGAAGUGCUCUUUGAGGAACUGCUCGAGAGGGCCAAAGCAGGAGAACCAAAAGCACAAACAGAGGUGGGAAAACACUUCUUGAGAUUAGCGGAAGAGGAGGAUGAAGAACUUAACAAUUGUAGUGCGGUUGACUGGUUCAUCCUUGCUGCUAAGCAAGGUCGAAGGGAGGCCGUCAAAUUGUUACGUAGAUGCCUAGCAGACAGAAGAGGCAUCACUUCUGAGAAUGAGCAAGAAGUGAAAAAAUUAUCAUCAGAGACUGACUUGGAGAGAGCUGUGAGAAAAGCUGCCUUAGUCAUGUAUUGGAAAUUAAAUCCUAAAAAGAAGAAGCAAUUAGCAGUUUCUGAACUACUGGAAAAUGUUGGGCAAGUUGACAACGAAGGUGGUGAGAAGCAGCCCGGCCCAGUCCCAAAGUCAGUGCAGAAGCAGAGGAGGAUGUUGGAGCGAUUAGUGAGCAGUGAAUCUAAAAAAUUUAUUGCUCUGGAUGACUUCGUGGAGAUUACCAAGAAAUAUGCAAAGGGAAUCAUCCCAUCUAACCUGAUUAUGCAGGAAGAGGAAGAUGAUGAACUGGCAGGGAAGACUCCUGAAGAGUUACCCCUGCGACUGAAGGUUGUAAAAUACCCACUUCAUGCCAUUAUGGAAAUUAAAGAAUAUCUGAUAGAUAUGGCAUCAAAGGCAGGAAUGCACUGGUUGUCUACCAUUAUUCCAACACACCAUAUCAAUGCUCUCAUCUUCUUCUUCAUCAUCAGUAAUCUGACAAUUGAUUUUUUUGCCUUCAUUAUUCCAUUAGUCAUAUUCUAUUUGUCCUUCAUUUCUAUGGUUAUUUGCACACUGAAAGUUUUUCAGGACAGUAAGGCCUGGGAAAACUUCCGCACUUUGACUGACUUACUCCUUCGUUUUGAACCAAACCUAGAUGUUGAGCAAGCUGAAGUGAACUUUGGAUGGAAUCACUUAGAGCCAUACAUUUAUUUUUUACUCUCUGUAUUCUUUGUAAUUUUUUCCUUCCCUAUAGCAAGCAAAGACUGUAUACCGUGUUCAGAGUUAGCUACCAUCUCCGUUUUCUUCACAGUGACAAGUUACAUGAGUUUAAGCACAUGUGCAGAACCUUACACACGAAGAGCAUUAAUGACCGAGAUAGCAACUGGUUGCUUAUCCCUAUUGCAAAUAUUACCUGGGAAUUUUGGCUUCUUGAAAUUCUUAGGUAAAACUUUCUUCACGGUUCCUGUAGGCCAUUUCUUUGUGAUAAAUGUAAGUAUCCCAUGCCUUUUGUUCUUGUAUUUGUUCUAUCUUUUCUUUAGAAUGGCACAACUACGGAAUUUUAAAGGCACCUACUGUUACCUGGUCCCAUAUCUAGUCUGCUUUAUGUGGUGUGAACUCUCUGUGGUCAUUCUGCAGGAGUCCUCUGGCAUUGGGCUCAUUCGUGCAUCAAUUGGUUAUUUUCUGUUUCUCUUUGCACUCCCAGUGCUAGGCGUAGGCAUUGCACUGAUGUGUCUUGUCCAUUUCAUUAAGUGGUUUGUGUCUCUAGAGCUUGUGAAAAUCGUAGUGACUCUAGUUUUGUGUGCUGUUCCUCUGCUCUUCCGAUGGUGGACGAAAGUCAACUUCUCUGUAGUUGACAUGGUUAAAUCCCUUACUCGAAGCUCGAUUGUGAAACUCAUUUUGGUGUGGAUUACAGCUGUAGUGUUGUUCUGUUGGUUCUAUGUGUAUCGAUCAGAGGGAAUGAAAGUUUACAACUCCACGUUGACAUGGAAUCAGUAUGCUUUCCUCUGUGGACCCCGAUCGUGGAAGGAGACUAACAUGGCACGUACUCAGAUUUUAUGUAGUCACCUGGAAGGACACAGAGUGACAUGGACUGGGCGGUUCAAGUAUGUGCGUGUUACAGAAAUUGACAAUAGUGCAGAGUCUGCAAUAAAUAUGCUUCCACUUUUUAUCGGUGAUUGGAUGAGAUGCUUGUAUGGUGAAACGUACCCUCUCUGUGACCCCAAAAAUGUCACUAUGGAGGAGGAAGAAUUGUGUCGUCUCAAGUAUUUGACAAAGCAUAACUGCCACAUGAAAAUGUUUGAUCGGUACAAAUUUGAAAUAACUGUGGGUAUGCCUUUCAGCAGCAAAAACGGAACCAAGUCAGUAGAGGAAGAUGACAUAACCAAAGAUAUUGUGCUGAAGGCAAGCAAUGAGUUUAAGAAAGUGUUGUUGAAUUUGAGGCAGGGAAGUAUAAUUGAAUUCAGCACAAUUCUGGAAGGUCGUCUUGGCAGUAAAUGGCCUGUCUUUGAACUGAAAGCAAUCACUUGCUUGAAUUGCAUGUCUAAACUCCUACCUGCAGGGAGGCAUGUGAAAAUAGAGCAUGACUGGAGGAGCACAGUGCAUAAAGCCAUUAAAUUUGCUUUUGAUUUUUUCUUCUUUCCAUUCCUGUCAGCUGCAUAAUGAGGUCAUAUUGGUUCAGUGGUAUCUUCAAUGUACGGUGCAUUUAUACUACCAAAGGUUUGGCUUAAAAAGGAAAA